UAUCCUGACAAUAUACUUAUCUUCUCUAAGACGAUAGACAAAUACCGAAAGUAUAUAAAAGCAAUGCUAGGUACGCUAUAUAUAUACAAACUAUCAAUUAACAAAGGAAAGAGCGAAUUCUAUAUUAGGAAAACGGUAUUUUUGGGAUAUAAAAUAUCUCUAAGAUAA